AUGGCCAGGAAGGGCGGAGAGAGGAAGAAGGCGGUGACCCGGUCCGUCAAGGCCGGCCUCCAGUUCCCCGUCGGCCGCAUCGGGCGCUUCCUCAAGAAGGGCCGCUACGCGCAGCGCGUCGGCUCCGGCGCCCCCGUCUACCUCGCCGCCGUCCUCGAGUACCUCGCCGCCGAGGUGCUGGAGCUCGCCGGCAACGCCGCCAAGGACAACAAGAAGAGCCGCAUCGUGCCGCGCCACCUGCUCCUCGCCAUCCGCAACGACCAGGAGCUCGGCAAGCUGCUCGCCGGCGUCACCAUCGCGCACGGCGGCGUGCUGCCCAACAUCAACCCCGUGCUGCUCCCCAAGAGGGCCCUCGAGAAGGCCGAGAAGGAGGCCCAGUCGCCCAAGUCGCCCAGGAAGAAGACCGAGAAGAAGGCCCCCGCCCCCGCCGCCAAGAAGACCCCCAAGAAGAAGACCGCCGCCGACAAGAAGACCACCGCCGCCGACAAGAAGGCCGCCGCCGACGCCGAGAAGGAGGCCGCCGCCGCCGCCGCCGAGGAGUAG